AUGUCCCAGUCCAAUGCCUCCCAAACAGCUCUCACAGACCUUGAGCAUUCUUGGCCUCUCACCAUCCUCAGCAUUGGAGUCUGUGUAUGUUGGCUAGCUAACUACGUCGCGGUGAUCCACAAGUCAUUCCAAGACCGUACCUAUGGCAUGCCAUUGAUGCCGCUCUGCUGCAAUAUUGCCUACGAGUUUGUUUAUGGAGUUAUCUAUCCCCCCGACAUACCGAAUUGGCCAUAUAUUUUUGCGAGUUGGUUGACUCUGAAUUUCAUUGUUGUAUACGCUGCUACAAAAUUCGCUCCAAACGAAUGGGCACACGCGCCAUUGGUGAAGCGGAAUCUGCCUUGGAUAUUUGCCGUCAGUAUUGCCGGUUGGAUAUCUGCGCAUGUGGCCUUGGUCGCCCACAUUGGGCAGACCCCGGCUGCGGCGUGGAGUGCCUGGUUCUGCCAACUGUUUCUUAGUGCCGGGGGGCUAUGUCAACUCAUUGUCAGAGGUAGUACACGGGGCACGUCCUUCUUCAUAUGGAUCAGUCGUUUCGUGGGGACUGCUCUUACCUUUCCUUAUGAAGUUCUACGGUACCAAAACGGGUAUUCCAAUAUCUUUUGGCACAGUCCGCUAGGUUGGUGGGGUGGUGUGGUUUUCUUUUUGUUGGAUGGCUCAUACGGGACCUUUCUAUGGUACAUUCACCGGUCCGAGAGGCUAGCCUCUGAUCCCCAUCAAAAAAAGACGGAAUGA